AUGCCGCGACUUGUGCGCCGAAGACCGCUUCGUGAACGGAUUACAGAUUGGUUUAAUAUUCAGGAUUGGUUAUUAUGGAUAUCGGAGGAAAUCGAAACAAGAGAUUGGGAUUCGAAAGCAUAUGCUAAUCCACUGGGUCUUGGAUUACAUUUUAUACUAUUAAUUGCGAGGGCGAACAGUGGAGAUGAAGGUCAUGGAAAUGGAGAUGAUGUGUUUGGGGAUGUGCCUUCAGGAUCGGGAUGGUUGAGCUAUUUGUCUACUCUAGUCGUCUAUUUACUGACGGCAUUGUCGAUCUUAAAUGCAUUCUCAACCUUCUCACGAAAGCGCAAUUACCGCCUCUUCGAGAGCUCUAUCGAAACCGCUCCCACUACCCCUUCUGCUCACAGAGUACGCGUAGACUCUUCGCCAGUAUCUUCUUCUCCUCUUCGGUUCUUCUCGAAUAUGCUAGGGGAUACAAGUGCGCAGUCAAGAGCGCAUCCAGACCCAACUCGGGAUGUUUGGGAGAUCGCUGUUUGGGAUCCUAUACCAGUUUGCCUACGAUUAUUCUGCCUAUUUAGUCCUGGACAUGUACUGGUUUAUUGGCUAUUCCUUCCAACAUUAUCGUCGGAUGCUCGACCAAGUGUUACGAUUUUUACUACUCUGGUUUUAGAAGCCUUAAUGACUGGGCAAUUACUUCUUUUAGAAACAAAUUUUUCGCAGCAAGAAAAGGACAACAGCAUUAUACAGAAAGAAGUCAUGAGCGAAUAUGAUGCCAAAUUUGUACAUCCCCGUUUGAAUCCGGUCAUGCGAGAUGUUGGCACACAGUUUUCUGGGCCGGGUGCUGAAGCCGGACGAGAGGAAGAAAUUGAAAUCUACACGCCGAGUGUGGUUCUCAAAAAAGGCUUCCGUACUAAUCCAAACCCUAACUAUGCCAACUUCCUUUCAGCAACCGCGAGAUUCGCCCUACAGCAGAAAGAUACCAAACACAACCAUGAGACAACCCCAGUUCCGUCAAACGACUCCUACUACUGCCACAUCGACUGGGUCGGGGAUGGUGGUAGCUUGGGUAUCUAUAAUCAUGCCAACUCGCCUUUGAAGAAGACCAGCAGCAUGUUCGACAUGCAGGGACGAGACCGUAGAGAUACACCCAAAAGCUCUUUAGAUAUGGCAGGGAGGGAAAGAAGAGAUCAAAGGGAGAACGAAGCAAGCCCGAUGAAGAGAGUGCAGGGAGGCAACGAUGUUCGACCAUUAGGCAGAUUGCCAUUUUCAAGCACUGAGAAUGAUAGAAGAGUUAGCGGUUCAAGUGCCUUCGAUCCAAGAUCAAGGUAUGGGAAUGUUGAGCAUAGCCCAUAUAAAAGGGGCCCUUCCAGGUGGUAA